AUGGAUUCGCCGCGCACCACCGCCAUGGGGGAGCAUGACGAGGGGAUCGACCCCAUCGACCUGGCGCUGGACUACAUGGGGAAGGCCAUCAUCUGGGUGGCCGCCCAGCUCACCCCCCAACAGGUGCAGGAAAUUGCCGAGCGCAUCAACUCCCCUACAACCACCGCGGAUGAGAUCUCCCAAUGGUUUCAAGCCACCCUCAACGUCAUGAGACCCCUAUCACCUCACCGCGAAGAACAAAUGGAAGACGGGGAGACGCUUGACCUGGACAAGCCGGACUGGGGGGUCACAAGCGAAUCAGAAGCAGAAGCCACCAAAACCAAAGACAGGGGGGCAAGGCCAUGUGAAAAACCAUCGGCCAGCUCGCCCACCCGUGACAUCGAUGAAGACGCACACAAGGAGAAGGUGAGGCACGACGACCGGGAGAACCUGAACGAAGAAAGAAAAGGGCACGAGGGCUUGGGGGGCAACGACGUCGCUGGACGGACCAAUCCAAGCAUGAGAGAAAGGGAGACGUACAAGGACAAACUGCAAGACGACAAGAACACCCAAGAGCCAAUGAAGAAGCAACCCACCCACCAAUGGACGAAGAAUAUGAAGAAGUACAAGUGGACCCGGGAGAUGAUGGACCCAUAA